CCAUCUGUUUCCUUCCGUGAUUCGAUCUUUUUGCCCCGAUAAUUCUAAGAUUUCCAUUUUCCAACGAUCGAGUGAGUGUUCACAAAGUUUUUUUCCUGAGUCUUGGCGUCUCCGAUCGUGUCCGUCCUUUUAUUCUUCAACGUAAUGGGUCUAUUACCUGGGAGCUCUGGUUAGGGUGCUGGGCUUGAAUCCGUUUUUUUGUCGAUGAACAGGUUAGGGUUUUGUAAAAGAGAUUCAUGGGAAAUAGCCAUAUGCUGUGACUACAUAAAACAUGUUUCCGCGGCUUGGUCAGAUCAAUGCCACUGUUGAUCCAUUCUGAUUCAGAUCAAAUCUUUCUUGAUUUGUUCUUUAUACGCCAAGGUUGAAGUGGCCAAAACAAAGAAUCCAACUGUCUUCUUGGAUGUGGCGAUUGGUGGAGGUCCUUCAAGAAGGAUGGUCUUUGAGGUACUAAGCUGAUUCGUGCCGGUUCAUCUAGUAGCGGGUACAUCUAGUAGCGGGUUCUCUCGAUGGCCAGCUUUAAAGCUCAAAAGUUCCUCAGGAAAAUUGGGUUGGGAAAGGAGGAUCUUUACUUCUGGAAGCAGAUGGGGAAGGCUAUGCUCUACACGUACACAAUCUUUGGACUUGCUUGGUUGUGGAACGAAACAUCUCCACUUGGUUGGUGGACGCUUAAGCCUCGACCAAAGGAAGAGAAAGAGAUGGCUCAUCUGUAUGAGCGCAGGAGGUUUCCCUACCCAGGUGACAAAGAGGCAGUUGAGGAAUUCAUUAAAAGUGGAGGCACUCUUGGCACCACCAUUGGACCCAAAGGAUUUAUAGAUUUUGACAAGGAUUCUGACAACAUGCAAAAACAAUUGCAGUCUAAGAAAUUUGAGCAGGAAGCUCAGAAGCUAUGGUUUCGCAUGAGGAAUGAGGUCAUAUCGGAGCUCCAAGAGAAGGGUUUUGAUGUUGAGUAAGGAUGCUUAACUGAACAAAAAAGAUUGAAGAGGCUUGACCAAAGCAAGCAGAGACCAAGUAUUUACCAAACUGUUUCAAGGAGUUAUCGCUAAUAUUUUGGUUUUGCAUGUGCUUAUUCAGUUUCUUUUUCUUGGCUUCUUUAGUGUUUUAGGUUGGUGGGUCAAAAUUGGUAUGGCAUGAAAUGAAACUUAUUGUAUUUAAGUUAUUUACCAUAUUGCUCUCCUGCAAUAACAAAAGCAGAACUAAUGAUACUUCUCGUACGCCAUUAUCAGAGCCUAAAAUCGACAGUGGAUGUAUAUUGGUAUAAUGUGGAUUCUUUUGCCUAUGGGGUGGAAGAGCAGUAGGCUACAUAGCAUGGGGGCUGGUUCUCUUCUAUAUCCCCCAUAUUCUAGUGAAGGUGAGAUUAGUUUAAGUGUCUUAGUACAACUAGCGGAGAUUACUUCCUUGAUUGGGUACAUGUUUAUGCAUUCAAUAUUUGUCAACUGCUCUUGGCUAUCUGUGAUUUCCACUUUGAACAGCUUUGAUGCAUUAUGAAUCACAAUGAAUUUGA